AACUACAUCCGGUCGUACUGCUCGUACAUCCGUUUUGCAUGAAGGGAUUUUCUAGCUCUCUUAAUUUGUCCAUUUUUCACAUUUUUUCAGCUCUCCUGCUCUGUAACCAUGCGGCUGCUGUUGCUGGUUGUAAUGGCGGCCCUCUCCCUCGGCCCCGCGGCGGUUAGCGGAGCCGACAAGAAGAAGCUGCAGAUCGGGAUCAAGAAGCGAGUGGACAACUGUCCCAUCAAGUCCCGCAAAGGCGACGUGCUGAACAUGCACUACACCGGCAAGCUGGAGGACGGAACGGAGUUCGACAGCAGCAUUCCCCGGGACCGGCCGUUCACCUUCACCCUGGGAACCGGCCAGGUGAUCAAGGGCUGGGACCAGGGCCUGCUGGGCAUGUGCGAGGGCGAGAAGAGGAAGCUGGUCAUCCCGGCGGAGCUGGGCUACGGAGACCGGGGAGCUCCGCCGAAGAUCCCCGGAGGAGCGACGCUCAUCUUCGAAGUGGAGCUGCUGAGCAUCGAAAGGAGAUCGGACCUUUGACGUAGAAAUAAACCACGGCUUUAAAGAAAUUUAAUCCAAGAAUUGCUGCUGCAUUAAGUGGAGACCUCCUGACUUUUGAAGAAUGAUCAAGAAGAUUAAAAUCAAAACCAGGGAAAUGAAUCUAAACCCCAGCAGAGCCUCUGUUCUGCUUUUAGUAGGACAUAAAUGAUCGUAUGAUGUAAUAAACGAUGAUAUGGCAGAAAAGUCCAGCUUUUGUUUAGGAUGACAUCACACCACUUCUUCUGUUUAUUUUUGCUUCAUGAAAACUUGUUUACAUUUCUACAUUCCUCUUUCACAAAUGAUUGACAGUAAAUCAGGUAAAACUGAGGCAGGGGCCAAGUGAUUAUGAAUCAUUUUUGUUUUGUAAUUACAAUAAAAUGUUUCCCUAACUUUU